AUAUAUAUAUAUAUAUGAUGCUUCUGGUUGGACGUUCAAAAGAGUCAGUGGCUCAUCUUUUUAAAAGAGUAACCUUAUACCGGGCUGAAUGGCUGGGUUUCACUGCCCUCUCUGGUGGAAACAUGCUGUGUUGCAUCUGUAAACAAACCCAACAGCAAUGUCAAAAAGACAAAUCACACGCCAAUAUUGAAGAUUUGAAUUUUAAAGGGCUAUGAGUAAUGCAUCUUCCGCUUGCUAUGCAAGUGAAGGUAUUCACCACAUCUUGAGUCACAGUGAGUGUGUAGAAAGGCUGAAUCAGGAGCUGGCACGCCAGAGUACAGUAGCCUAGAGGGCUGCAUCGCGGCAUAAUGUACACCAGCUAUAAAUCUGCCAGCAGGGUACAUGCCAUCACAACAUGUUCCAGAUUGGAAGGAGAAAGAGACUGAAACUGUGUUCCAACCCUCUGACGUUCCUGUCUUUACGGGGACAAAGUCGUUUUUACCGCCUGUAUUGAUCAUGUGCAGGGCCAAGAGUGGUUCUUCACAUUCAUAGCGUUCUUUGCCCCAAAUGACCUUGAGCAAAAUCAAGUAAUGGAACUAAAAUGUUCACUGUCAUCAAUCUUGGACUACUGGAUCGUAACUGCUGCGACAGCUGAAGAGGGAAGAUGGGGUAUCGGUUGGUUGAGCUCCUGUGGGUCCUUUAGUACAUGAAGAGAGCUGUCGUGUUUGUGUGAAGUCAAUGUACUUAUUGCUGGUGCAACGGAUCAUAAAACUCGCAAAUCGGAUCACGGAUCUGAUCACAGAUCGAAUGCGCACGGAAGAAGAAAGGGAGCAGACCAGGGUUUAGGUCCUUUCACCUGAUCUUCAAGGCUCCAUCGGAUGAUCAAAAUGAUGAUGUAAAUCAAAAAAGUGCCAUUUUGCCUAAAAAUACAUACAAUUGCAAGGAUAUGGAAAUAAAAGAUUUCAUUUUUCUUGAUUAAAUUAAAUCUUGUUGUUCACAGUUUUAAUAAUUUAAUAUUAGCUACUAGGAUCUAGUGUAAAUAGGUCAUAAUUUGUACUGAUGUCUCUGUUGCUUCUGAUCAAGUCCUGAUCGCACAGUUUCCUGAAUAUCUGAAAAACGAUGAGUAGUAAAUGAGUAGUGAAACUGUUUUUCACUCUGUGAUAGGUAACAUCACACUGUGUGAAUGUGAAGGGGAAUCCGCACAGAUCAUGUUUCCACACCGGUAUGUCCCAACGUUUUACACCAAAAACAGUCGCAUAGUGUGUGUUCCAGUAACAUCACUUCAGCACCAAGGACAGCUCACCUUUAUUACAGUAAAGUAACUGAUAUUUUUCCGCGGCCAUGUUUUUUGUUUAGUGGUUCGACAGCAGUGCUUUUACAGUUUGAGCUGCACUGCAACUAACAAACAUGAGCUGUGUACGAUCACCAGGCAACAGCCACUAAAAUAAAAUAAAAUCUUCAUUAAUAACAAAUCCCCCUCCCCACAUUGUGUUCACUUAAAACUCACGGAUGCAAACAAACAGAUGUGCACUCACACAUGCAGACAUGUGCACACGGUCACUGUGGGCAGCAGCAGAGAUGACAGAGAGAGGAAACAGAAGGAAAGCCUUCGGAACGUCAGAUAACAGGAUUACACAAAUUACAUUUCAUCUGUGACCAUGAAUCCCAUCUGGAUGUGGGACUCAUUUUCUCUCCGUUUACAACAGCAGCCAUAGAGCUGCGAUGACAAAAUAACAAGAACCAAAAUCCUGUUUGUAUUGAUGCCUGGUUAGUUGGCUUUGAGCUGCUGCCGCUGACAGAAACUGAAGCUGAAGUUUUACGAUGCAGAUUCUCAACAAAGGUUCUGAGGCUCGCAUUGACAUUGAUGGAGGGAAGAUGGUCAAUCUUCCACUUUCCUCAGACACAUUUUUGUUUUCUUCUGAUGUGGAAUUAGCCUUGCAUAGGAAGCCCACAAUUUCUCCAUUUGUCAUUGUGGUGUGACGAGCCUGACGACGAAAGUACAGCCAGCAAACUUACCAACCUGAUAACUGAGCUGCUUCAGUCAUUGCCUCUCAUUUGAUAGUAGUUCAGCAAUAGUUCUUUAAACUAUUAAACUCUACUACUAAAAAUCAGGUGUAAGUUUUUUUUGAUGAUGCCACAUAUUGAGCAGGCUGGUAUCUGGGACAACCUGAAGGAAUCGAACCGGUGUCCUUUAUAUGAUGCAAGGAUUAUGUCUUUAGUGUAUCUGGGGGAGGAGAGACUGACACUUGCCGUCUGCUGGUCUGAGCAAUGUUAAAUCCAAAGAAUCAAUCUAGUAACAAUCCUCCAGGGCAAUCAAGGUCAUUCAGUUGCUCCUGAAGACUGAUGGCAGUGGGACUCCAUAGGGAGCACUCCGUCUGAGGAGGAGGGGGGUCGCUCACAGAAUACUCCCAUUACCCAGAUUUUUCAGAAACAGCAUAUGGGAAACCUGACAUUUUUACAUUUUUAAUCAUAAACCUAUUUACCAUUCUACAAACAGAAUAAUUUACAAGACACAGUAAAGCAAUAAUGUAAGUGGAAGCAAUGUCGCGCCAACAUGCUGAUAAACCCCACAAAAUAAAAGACCGAUAAUUGCAAGUGUAAAAAACAUUCAUGACUUGUGCUGAAUCCGACCCAGUUUCACAUAUUACAAGCAUUAAGAAAAAGCUGAUCUCCUUUCUUGCUCUUUUGAUUAUGUAGGUCGUAUAGAGGCAUCAGUAUUACAUCUAGAGUUGCAUAGCCAGUUAAAAAUCCCUCAUAUUGAAUGUAAGGGGAACAGCAAUAAUAGACUUUUGGAUCUAGCUCCACAAUUGAGUCCACUAGUGGGAGUGAUGCAACUUGGAUUUCCAACCCCCAUUUAAACGUAAAGGAGACGAAUUAGCUUUAUGUUACAUGCACUCUGUCACAUUAUAGGAAACUGCUAUUACCGUAUAUCGCCAGAUAAGUGACCGACCAGUAGGGUUGGGUAUCGAGAAUCGAGAAUCGAAUGGAAUCGGAACUAGCUUUGCGAUUUACCCGGUAUCGUUCAAAAGUUUAAAAUUCGAUUCCUUGUUUCGAUUCUCAGUCUGCCGGCGCCGACCGGAAAUAGAAACCGCUGAACACCAACGAAGAAGCGUCCACCGGAAGUGUUGGCGUAACAGCGCGAUCGAACAUGUAUAGCGUGCGUCGGCGGUCCAAAGUGUGGUUACACUUUUCGAAACAAACCGAAAACUCUGCAAAAAACUCCCGGUUGUUGUGAAGUUGUGACGCAUCAGACCAGUGCGCGCGCGGGUGCCGGGUGGCCCGAGCGGAGCGGUCCUCUCUGUUAAAAUGAGCAGUGAGGCUGGCGCUGCAAAGAAAAAAAAAGGUUGUACUAGCCCUCCCCGCGUCGACCGUCAGCAGCCCCCCGUCAGCGAAAGUGUCCCUGAUUUGAGGUUGGGAGACUUGCGCGCCCCCCCCCCUCCGUGUGCCCCGUGUUUGACGCGCUGCCUCCUCCUCUGAUUCCAAGGGUUCGUCCAUCAGUGGGAGCAAGGUAACGUUUAAGUACCUGCAGUAUCAUACACUCACGUGUAAAUGUGUUUUUGUGAGGUUUCAAAAAUAAAGCUCUCUGGAGGAAAGUGUACCCCUGUUAUUUAUAAUGUUUAUACAAUAUUCAAGUUCAUAGUUUGAUAUUCAUAUUGUAGGUGAAAACAGCCCUGUUAGAAAUUCAUAGUAAAGUUAAUAAAAAGUUCAUAGAAUUAACAUUGAUGGAGAAGGUCAGACUAUUUCCUUCAGAAAGACCCUUGGUUAGCUAGCUUAUUUAAAAUAUCUUAAACUUAAACUUUUUUGACCCUGCCUCUUAAAAGAAUCGGAAUCGAGAAUCGCUGGGAACCGGAAUUGAAACAAGGAAUCGGUAUCGGAAUCGGAAUCGCUCAAAUUCAAACGAUACCCAACCCUACCGACCAGCUAACUCUCUGUCACCUGUAUGUCAUGGAAGCAGGCUGUAAUAUCAGGUAUAACCAUUAACAGACACUAGCAUUAUUGACAGCCGCAGGAUACACAUAAACCAACUAAGAGUGACAAGUCUCAAAAUGGGAAUCUGAACAUUGAAGGUGGGAUACAAUUUAUUUCUGCUUCAGGCUAAAAUGUGGCACAUUCAAGCUCCAUAGAAAAAUAACGGCUUUCACAAAACUAAAUUGUGCUGAACAACCGAUUUUUUUAACCGGUUCAGCUCCAGCUCACAAAAAAAGACACAGCGAAGUGAUUCUGUGAGGAAUUUGUCAUUCACGGGGUACAAUUCAACAGACAUAUAGUUUUCAUAUUGUUACGCUCUCAAAGAUCAAUGGACUCAUCGCUCUUUUGUAAGUUGUGUCGGACUCCUGGGAGCUCAAAUAAUCACAAUGAAACGGCUAAAAGCUCCUAUUGGUGUCUGUUCUAAUAUAUGUUUAAUUAGGAGGUCCUGAUUUAUUCGCUAAUGACUGAGUAUAUGAUUGCCUGCAGUAUGUGUGUGUGUGUGUGUGUGUGUGUGUGUGUGUGUGUGUGUGUGUGUGUGUGAAAGUUUCUUAUCAGUACACAGGGCUCAUCAGGCAGUAUUGUGGAUUGAAGGCUACUAAUCUUGACCCAAGGGUGACUGAUCCAGCUUUCUUUCUGUUUGUGCUUAGCAUGCACGACUGCAUGUGUGUGUGUGUGUGUGUGUGUGUGUGUGUGUGUGUGUGUCUGUGUGUGCUGAUACAGAUAUCUCAUUUCUCUCAGUAGUUUUUCAGACAAAGUGAACUCCAUUAAUCCAACCAACAAGUUUGUCUGAAAAUGCUUGAAGAGCAACAUGUAAACACCGAGAAACAUAAAUCUGUUACUUCGUGUCUGAGUGGAGGAUUGGCGUGGUGACAGCAGUGACUCCAUUCCCUCACCUCCAUGGGGUUCAAGUCAUGGUGCUAGCUUUAAUUAUGAAAAAUAAUUUGGUGUACUGAGUCUGAGAUUGCACACAUUAGAGAGAGUUAUAAAGAACGGUGUUCAGAGGAGUCUGUCAGCUGCCAUCCUGUUUUCUCCAGAAUUGAAUGCUAGUGUACUUUUUGACAGAAACAAGGUUUAUGAGCUUGGCCUCUGUGAGCAGCACCGCAUUAUUUUCUCUUUCCUCAGAGGCUGACAGCACUUCCAGCACAGGUUCUUUUUAAUGAAUAAACCCAUUAAGAAUCCAUUGAGAAGACUGGGAGAUAUCAUGAGAAGCACAAUAUAAUAUGCUCAACGUGUCCCCAGAGCUAUUGUGAGAUGCAGUUUGGUCUUUUAAUUUUUCACCUAAGUACCUCAUCUGCUUCUGCUGCUGGCAAACCAUGUAUCCAUGUUUUAUAGAGAGUACAAUGUAACAAAGUCAUUUAUGUUCUCGACGAUGGACAUGAUCAUUGCAAAGAGGGAAAAGACGAUCAGCUGAACAAUCAUAACAUGACAAAGCAAUAUGUGUUAUUCAAAGCGUGAUAUAACAGCAGGCAACAGUAGGCGAUGUGCAGAUACAGUGGAGUAACCCCAGUAGACCCUGGGGAUUCUCCCCCUCCACGUUUGUUAUAAUCCGAGUUUUCCCUCACUUGAAAUCGACGGGCGGGCCGUGCAUGCUUUUAGUGCAUGUUUGUGCAUGUCGGCGUGCCCCACUGUCUGGCUCGGGUGCUGCUCUGCAUUGCUCUCAUAUGGUUGCAGCUGAUAAGACCAUCACGACCGAUGUCGCUGUCGCAGAAGCGGCGCACUCACACCGCGGUUUCCCCCUCAAGUGAACUUGGUUAAGUCUGCCAGCACUUUAGCCGCUGUCAGCGCGAUAAGCCCGGGAACAUAGAAUAGAAAUGCCAUCAAUCUUCUAUUUUAAACUUAAGUUAAGUUUUAAGUGAAAUGUUUUUGGAAACACGUACAAGUCCAAAAACAGGGAGAUUGGGUGGCUUUUUUUUGUCAUUCAGAUUUACUGGAAUGGCUCCACUCUUUUGUUUUAGACGAGUCAUGUGAUACCCCUAUUAUCCCAAAUGCACAAUUAUAAACGGAUUUGAAAUGAAGUUAGUGCACUGGGUCUCUGUUGCCUUCUCCUCAUAUGUUUGGUAUUGGUUUGUGGCUAUAUUAUCCGUUAAUAGCAUGACACACAAAAGUAUCAAACUGCUCUGUCAGUGAUCAAUAGGCAUUGUGGGUAAUGUGGCACCAGGUUUUGACUAUGAAGAAGAGAGACUAAGGACUUCUCUGGUUCUGUUGUAGAGAUGUUGAUACAGUCCUAAUAUGAUUUUUUAAUAAAUGCAAUUGGACUCCAUGUUGUAAUUGCAAGCUUGGCACAGAUGUGAAGAGGGUUUUUUCUGUCUCAUUUAAACUGCAAAUCCAGAAAAGGUCAGUGCAGAGUUAAGUGCUCUGAAUGAUUCUUUUAUAUCACAAUAUAUUCAAUAAAUAACCAAAUUGUUUUGUAUAUCCUACUGAAGCACAAAUACAAGACAAAUUAAAGUACUUUCUCAUUUAAGUAAGUCCAGUAAUAUUUUUUGAGAAAUGUUGUCAACAUGUGUUAAUAUAAAUGUACCUAACGUAAAUCCUUGUUGACACUUUGCACAAUAGUGGACCGACAUCCCGAGUCCUUCCAUUGCAUCACAAAAUCAGGACAAACUGCUGAAAUGAAAACAUAGCACGCACAAACACAAGCACACUUUGGUCAAUCCAGCCAUCAAACAGCAGGAAUCAUACGUGACAGGCUGCAUGAUUAGCUCUGUAUGCUCAUGCAGAAAAUGUUAAUGCAUUUGUCAACAUUCAUACACAUCUGUACCACGUGGUGCUGCUUCCUUAAUUCACUCCUUUAUUGAAUGCAUACAUUCUUACUUUCUCUAUUGUUUUUACCCUCAUUCUUCAUUUCCUUAUAUUUAAUUGCCCUCCACCCCAAAUCAUGGGUUUAGCGUGUCCUUAUCAGCAGUAAUGAAUUUCACUUCCAUUACGCACAAGCCUCCCCGUGCAGAAUAAAACUGCUUAACAACAAAGCCACUCGUUGCUAAAUCCCUGCAAUGAUCCAUGCAUGGGUUUGUGUGAAUUUAAAUGAUAUUCAUAUUGAGUGAGAUUGCUCAAGAAUAUGCACAUCUGAUGAUUGGAGGUCUUCAUUUCACUUCAUUAGUGAUUCUUAGUGUAUUUGCUCUUUGUCUGACAGCACUGAUGUGACAUAUUCAUUCAGUUUCACUGAAUACUUGUAGCCUACUGAAAAAAGAUGUAUAUUUGACAAGAUCUGGAACUACCAUGUCAAAGUAAACAAUGAAAAGAGAAAACCGAAACCAUGUCGGAGAAACGUUUUUUCAACUCAAUGAUAUUCUUUCAAGGUGGUCUGGCAGUAUAGUGAGAUGUUUUUGGUAUUUGCAAGUUGACAAAAUACUGAUUUAAAUUGCAUUACGGGAGGUUUUGCUAACAAAAGUUAGUUUGUUUGUGGGUCCAAUGGUGCUUGUUAAGGCUCUAUGUUUAUUUAUGUAUCACAAUUAUUUAAUUCCUUGCAUCCUAUUGUCCGUCUUUCCUCAUUUAAUGAUGCUCUUUUUACUUCUUUAUCAUUACUCCCUUUCUUCCCUCCUUCUUCACCCCCUGUCCUCUCAGUCAUCCCAAGGCAAUACCCAGUACCACAAGGUGCACUGUAUGUUUGUGUCUCUGUGAGAGAUAUUUUACUGUAGUCUUUGUGCCACCUUGUGGAGAAAAAAAUGCAUAAGGCUUCUUCCAUUAAAGGGUUUCCCAUGUUUACGCUGCCCAGAUGUUCAUACAGUGGGGCUAUCCAGCAGUUUGACCUGUCUCCUUGGACCUCUGAUUUGACCUCUCUACACCCUUAUAACCUUCAAACACUCUUCUGAUGUGUUAAGCAACUUUGCUGAACAGUUUGAUGGAGAGCUGGUCGGAUGACAGCUGGAACUGUUGUCAUAACCGGAGGAAUACUGGCCACAGUGAUACUUCUGUGUAUCAUAGCUGUGCUCUGUUACUGUAGACUCCAGUACUACUGCUGUAAGAAGAAUGGGUCUGACAGCGGCUCCGUCUCUCAGCAGCACUUUGCGUGCAACGCCUGCAGUGUCUCUGGCCUGGAGGGGUCGAUCGUCGCUACACCGCCCGAAGCAACCGAAUACUUCGACCCCACCAAACUCGCGGGGGGGAAACGCAGCUACUGCCCCACCUGCUCACCCUAUGACUCGCCCUUUUACAUUCGUACCACGGAUGAGAUGCGCAACGGUGGAGAGCGCAUCACCUACAUGCCUACACACUAUGAGAACCAGGCGCUGGCGAUACCGCUGCCCGUUGUCCGAGGAUCCCUGCUGAGGGAGACCCAUCGAGGCCGGCAUCCGGAUUUCUACACCAACACACGAGCCAUCAGCACCGAGGUGUGACCAUCCUAAAGAAGCAAAUAACUCCAACACACACACACACAUACACAGACCACUAAAAGACCCACAGACAUACUUUAGGCGACUGCUGCAGCUGCCAGUGAGGAUCUUAUAUCUUACCACAUUUAUACCCUUACAUUUUCAUUUUUUAUGUUCACUAAGAUAGUAAUUUACGGUAGAUGAAACUGUAGGUUUCCUGUAAGAAAAUGUCUCUUUGUGCUACCACAUGAAGGGGAUGGUUGUAAACCUGUAAACUGUAGACUGUUAAUGCGUAUUUAAUGACUGAGGGCUGUCUUAGACCAUUUAUGUUUUUUCCCCAGCUACCCAUCUUCCGAAUGACAAAAAGAGAAAAAAGAAUAAAAUUAUGAAGUAUGUAUUGUAGAAGCAUGCUGGAGUUACAGGAAAGCGGGAGGAUGGUAGACGACUGGAGCUUUCUCUAUGCAAGCGGUCGGGGGGCAAACUACUGCAGGUCUUCAUCUCCACUUUUCUCCUUUCAGCUGUUUUUCUCUUUAUUGGAAGGCUAUUGGAAGCAUGGUGCACACGUCAAGUGAUGACGAUGAUGCACAUGUAGUUACAAGUAUAUCAAACUAGAUCAUGGGUAAUCCAGGUGUCUUGGGGUGGCCAGAUCCACACUCAGCUCCCAAUUUCACCCCUAAAGUGUAAGCCUGGGAAUGAGCAGAAGCAAUGUUGAAACUGAGUGAAUUUCUCUUUAGAUAGUGAUGCAAAAAGUAAUGUAAUUAUGAUCUAGAAAGCAAUGAACGCCCACCUCUUGAUUCCAUUGUUUUUUAAGAAAAAUGUAUUCACCCUGGGAUCUCAACAUGAUGUAAUUUGAUUGAGGAAGUGUGAUUUACUAGUUUGUGCUAUUUUGUCUAAACACUUCUCUUAUAGUCCUGUACUACUCUCAUGUUGAAUCUUUGAAAUGCAAAUAUUCAAGUUAUUUAUUUUCAUGUAUUUGUUUUCAUAUUAUGAGGAAGUUAGAAUACACAUGUAUGUGAUUGAAACAGUGUUUUACUACACAAUCACUUAAUAGUGCUCAUUUUCUACAUAACACUUACCCAGCAUUGCGUGUCAAACACCAUAAUAUUUGUUGUGAUAUUUGUAUUUAUAUGUACGUGUGCUGCAAGGGUCAGUGAGGCUGAAAAAGCAAUGCAAGAGACCUUGAGGACUUGCAUGGUGUGAUCAAAUUGGGUGAUUUUAGUUUUUCGGACAGGCCUAGUGUUAUCAUUUACAAAUGAUACAACAGUGCAUAUUGCAUAAUUAGGAUUCAUUGAUCUGCAGCUACCUCACCGAUCUCUCACUGAUUUUUCUUUUUGGAAAACUUGUUCAGAAAUGUCUUGAAUCUUUGACAAAGGAUUUGGUGAAAUAAAAACAUUGUUUCUUCAUGUUGUCAUCCAACAACCACAAAUAUAGAUAAAUAAUCAUCAUCCAUUCCUUCAGUCAAUGUAUUAACUAUAACCUUAUCUUUGAAAACAGAGAUUUUUUUUUUUAGAAAAGUGGUUUAAAACAGAUAUUGUAGCUGACAAAUAUGGUAAAACA